UUAAUUAAUUAUAAUUGCAUUAAUUUCGUGCAACUUCUGCUUUUUCUUUUCUGACACUUUGUUUUGACUUUCACCUCUAUUCUGCCAUUUUCGCACUCAUCAUUUCCAACCAAGAACUCGUUCUUUCCCUUCUUUCAAUCUGGUUUUUGGGACAAAUAUAAGCCAAAAAAAUGGGUUCCCCAGAAAAUGUGGUGGGAUUCGUGGGGUUUGAUGAUAUAAGUUUGGAGUUGGCUGCUUCACUUGUCGGUUCUGGUUAUGCUGUCCAAGCUUUUGAUUCUCAGCUUGAUAACCCCUUUAUGGUUGAAUUUUCAAAAAGGCUCGGGGGAACUAGAUGCGGCAAGGCAAUGGAGGCUACUAGAGGCGUUUCGGCUAUGAUCCUCCUGAUAUCGAGCCCAACACAAAUAGAUGACAUGAUCUUUGGCCGUGAGGGAAUUUUGGAAGGUUUAAAGAAAAAUGUGAUAGUAGUUAUUCGUACAGUCAUAGUGUCCGCUGAAGUUCAGAAACUGGAAAAGCGUCUUACAGAGGAAUAUGAGAUAAAUGCAGUGGUUGAUGCUCAUAUCUCUAGGGGAACUUCUGAGGAUUUGGAUGGGAAAAUCAUGAUAAUUUCAUCAGGAAAAUCUAAUGCAAUUGCUAAAGCGCGUCCCAUGCUUUCUGCUAUGUGCGCAAAACUUCAUAUUUUGGAAGGUGAAAUUGGUGCUGGAAGUAAAGUAAAAAUGGUUACGGAGCUGCUUGAAGCCAUCCAUCUUGUUGCUUCAGUUGAGGCGGUUUGUCUUGGAGUGCAAGCGAGGAUUCAUCCUUGGAUACUGUAUGACAUUAUCUCUAAUGCUGCCGGUAAUUCAUGGGUUUUCAAGCAUCAUGUUCAACAGUGGUUAAGGGCUGACCAUAUGAAGCAUCAUAACUUGAAUACCCUAGUUGAGAAUUUGGGAAGUAUUGUAGGUUUGGCUAAAUCUCUUCCGUUUCCACUGCCACUCCUCGGAGUUUCGCAUCAACAGCUUCUUGGGUGUUCACAUGGCAGCGGAGACGACGACAAGGCACCAUUGUUUAAGGUAUGGGAGAAAGUUAUUGGAAUAAAACUUGACGAUGCUGCUAAUGAAGAAACUUAUAAUCCUUUGGAAUUAGCAACAAUGCUGGAGUCCAAGUCAAAGGCGGUUAACCGAAUUGGUUUUAUUGGUCUUGGAGCAAUGGGGUUUGGCAUGGCAACUACUCUACUGAGGUCAAAAUUUACCGUCGUUGGUUAUGAUGUUUAUAAACCAACACUUUCUCGAUUUAUUGAAGCGGGUGGAUUAGUGGGAAACUCUCCACUAGAAGUAGCGAAAGGUGUUGAUGUGCUCGUGAUAAUGGUUACUAAUGAAGCUCAAGCAGAAAGUGUCCUUUUUGGAGAUCUAGGUGCUGUCCAGGUUCUUUCAGCAGGAGCAGCUAUUAUUUUGUCAUCCACGGUUUCUCCAGCAUAUGUGAGCCAGCUGGAUCAGCGUUUACAAGACAAGGACUUAAAAUUGGUGGAUGCCCCUGUUUCCGGUGGCGUGAAAAGAGCCUCCUCUGGAUCUCUUACGGUAAUGGCAUCAGGAACAGAUGAAGCCCUGGAACGAUGUAUUUCAGUACUUUCUGCAUUGAGUGAGAAGCUAUACAUCAUUAAAGGAGGAUGUGGAGCUGGAAGUUGUGUUAAGAUGGUUAAUCAACUACUUGCCGGAGUUCAUAUAGCAUCUGCAGCGGAGGCGUUGGCCUUUGGUGCUCGCUUGGGUCUGCAUACAAGAAACCUAUUUCAAAUCAUAACCUCAUCUAGCGGAACAUCCUGGAUGUUAGAAAACCGUGGUCCACACAUGGUGGACAAUGAUUUCACUCCUUAUUCUGCACUUAACAUCUUUGUGAAAGACCUGGGAAUUGUUUCUCAUGAAUGCUCUUCUCGGAAAAUUCCACUUCAUGUUGCUGUCACAGCACACCAAUUAUUUUUAGCAGGUUCUGCUGCUGGCUGGGGUGCUCUUGAUGAUGCUGCUGUUGUCAAGUUUUAUGAGUCUCUCACAGGAGUCAAAGUUGAAGGAAAGCGCCCAGUCCUUAGUAAAGAACAUGUGAUGAAAUGUCUUCCGCCUGAGUGGCCUGUGGAUCUUACCAGUGACAUAAUCAAGCUAUGUGAGAACAAUAUGAAGCCUUUGGUUGUUCUCGACGAUGAUCCAACAGGAACACAAACAGUUCAUGAUAUUGACGUUCUAACAGAAUGGAAUGUUGAUGCACUUAUCGAGCAAUUCAGAAAAAAUCCCAAGUGCUUUUUUAUAUUGACAAACUCAAGAGCUCUUAAUUCGGAGAAGGCUAGUGCUCUGGUAGUUGAAAUCUGCCACAAUCUUCAGAUUGCAGCUAAAUCAGCUGAUAUUGAGUUCACAGUGGUAUUAAGAGGUGAUUCAACUCUAAGGGGACACUUUCCCCAGGAAGUUGAUGCUGUUGUUUCAGUUUUGGGGGACAUUGAUGCAUGUAUCAUUUGUCCAUUUUUUCUUCAAGGCGGUCGCUUCACUAUAGGAGAUGUACAUUAUGUUGCAGAAGCUGACAGGCUUGUUCCCGCCGGUGACACAGAGUUCGCCAAAGAUUCCGCUUUUGGCUAUAAAUCUUCAAAUCUGCGAGAGUGGGUUGAAGAGAAAACAGAAGGCCGUAUAGCAGCUAGUAAUGUUGCUUCUGUUUCCAUUGAACUCUUGCGCAAUGGUGGUCCUAACGCUGUUUGUGAGCAUCUCUGCAGUUUAGAGAAGGGAUCAACAUGCAUAGUAAAUGCAGCUAGUGAAAGAGAUAUGGCUGUUUUUGCUGCUGGGAUGAUCCUGGCAGAACUAAAGGGAAAUCGUUAUUUAUGCCGCACUGCUGCUAGUUUUGUUUCUGCUAGAGUAGGUAUAAUUUCAAGACCUCCAAUUUCACCUAAAGCUUUGGGAAUUCACAAGGAAAGCAAUGGUGGUCUUAUUAUUGUAGGAUCUUAUGUCCCAAAAACUACAAGACAGAUUGAAGAGCUCAAAGUGCAGUUUGGACAUGGCUUAAGAUGGAUUGAGAUUUCGGUUAAGAAGGUCGCAAUGAUGUCUCCAGAAGAGAGAGAGAAUGAAAUCAAUCAUGCUGCAGAAUUGGCUGAAGUAUAUCUUCGGAACCGCAUGGACACAGUAGUUAUGACCAGUCGAGAGCUUAUCUCUGGAAGAACCCCUUCUGAAAGUUUGGAAAUAAACUUCAAAGUAAGCUCUGCCUUGGUGGAAAUCGUUCGGCGUAUAGGUACAAGGCCACGCUAUAUUCUCGCAAAGGGUGGAAUCACUUCAUCUGAUAUUGCUACAAAAGCUCUUGACACUCGACUAGCUAAAGUAGUUGGGCAAGCCUUGGCCGGUGUUCCCUUAUGGAAGCUUGGCGGUGAGAGUAAACACCCGGGAGUGCCAUAUAUAGUUUUCCCAGGCAACGUUGGUGACCAUAAAGCUCUUGCUGAAGUUGUAAAAUCUUGGGCUCGUCCUGCAAAACUUUCAUCAACCAAAGAACUUCUGCAUAAUGCAGAAAAAGGUGGAUAUGCUGUUGGAGCCUUUAACGUUUACAAUUUGGAAGGGGUUGCUUCAGUUGUAGCUGCUGCUGAAGAAGAACGCAGUCCAGCUAUUUUGCAGAUUCAUCCUGGUGCCUUGAAGCAUGGAGGUAUUCCCUUGGUUGCUUGCUGUCUGUCAGCUGCUGAGCAAGCCAGUGUUCCACUGACUGUUCAUUUUGACCAUGGAACUUCCAAGCCAGAAUUACUUGAAAUGCUAGAGUUGGGAUUUGAUUCAGUAAUGGUGGAUGGCUCACAUCUUCCAUUUGAGGACAAUAUAUUCUAUACGAAGUACAUUGCUGAUUUAGCUCAUCAAAAAAACAUUUGUGUCGAAGCUGAAUUAGGCAGAUUAUCAGGAAUUGAGGAUGACUUGACUGUCGAAGAAUAUGAAGCAAGGCUUACUGAUAUUAACCAGGCGGAAGAGUUCCUCGAUAAAACUGGUAUUGAUGCUCUGGCAGUGUGCAUUGGCAAUGUCCAUGGCAAAUACCCAGCAAAUGGCCCAAAUCUCAGGCUUGAUUUGCUUAAGGAUCUGCAUGUUUUGGCGUCCAGAAAAGGUGUGAUUCUGGUCCUUCACGGAGCUUCUGGUGUACCCAAGGAACUCGUUAAGAGCUGCAUAGAACUCGGUGUGCGGAAGUUCAAUGUGAAUACAGAGGUAAGGAAGGCGUACAUGGAGUCGUUAACCAAUAAUCAUGGGAAAGAUGUUGUAAAUGUUAUGACUUUUGCCAAGGACGCUAUGAAAGCUGUUGUUGUGGAAAAGAUGCGUCUGUUUGGAUCCAGCGGAAAAGCUUGAAGAUAUUGUGAAAGGCCAAAUUCCAUUUUUUGGAGUUGGUAAAAUCGCUCAACAGUCAACACAUUUUUUUUACAAUUUUACAAUAAGACAGUGAUAGUCGGAUUUUAGUGUAUACCACUAGAUCUCGAAAUAAUUGUCAGUGUAAUGGUGUAAUUUAAAAUGUUAGUGUGACAAGUAUAGACGGACAAAAAAAAAAUUGUAUUACGUGUGGUGCCCGAAUGCAGUACAAUUACAAUUUUCGAUAUGUAAUGGAACUUCCCAUGAGAAGUUAUUACUCAA